AUGUGCACGAUAGGACUUCAACCUCGCCGAUGGCAAAAGAUACUCCACUCGUGGCCUCAUCAGUCUUCUCGAGCGGCCAGCUCAACCUCUCAUUCGGUCGUUCAACCAUUGGCUCCGAUCUUUAACCGACGCGAGAAAAAGAAACUCAGACUUGCUUUCCCUAGACCCGAUAAAUCUCCUCAGGUAUUGCAUCCUGCUCUCCCGCCAAGCUUUGUCAACCGGGUUACACUGGCCGACGGCUCCUCCUUUUACCUGACCUCAAGAUCGCCUAGACCGACGAUUACGCUUGCCCGAGACGUCACCAAUCAUCCGCUCUGGAAUCCAUCUUUAGCGCGAGAAGUAGCCGACCAAGAUCAAUCAGGAAGAAUGGGACGUUUUGCACGUCGAUAUGGGGGCCCCAAACCCGAUUCCACCGCUCCUGACUCACUCGAGUCGAUCCAAUCUGGAGCUCAAUCCCCCAUCCAGGAAUCUGAUAAGAAACCCGAUCAACCAACUCAAUUACCAAACCUAAAUCAGAACGCACUCGAUAAACAUGGCUUUGGAGUCGACGAUCUUCAAUGGAUCUCUGGUGAAUCUAAUCAAUCUUUCUACGGUAUCGGGAACGCUAAAAAUAUUAAAGGGCUGAAGAAAACUGGUCCCGGUUCUAAAAAAUAA